GAGCGUGACGUCACAAGCCGACCGUGGUGCUGCUGGCUGCUGCUGCUGCUCGUUCAAGAUGGCAGAGGCAGAGCCGCGAGAGGUGCCCGACACGACCAGGUUAGCGUCCGAAAAAGCAGCGAUUGCUGAGAAAAAUCGACCCCGAAGAGCGAGCUACAUGAAGCAGAUGGGCAAGGAGACGGCCGGCCCCCGUGGCCCGUGCAACCCCGUCGCUUUUUUGGCCAGCCAGGGGCUCGUUUUUGACGCUGACAGAGUGGCCGCUGACGAGACCAGGGACAUUGAGGAGGACCCUUUGGACAACGGGGAGCCCAAGAAGCGUUGCUGCGAUCGAUACGACAGCUCCGAGAGUUCAGACAGUGGUGUGGUGGUUCUGAGCUCGACAGACUGCAGCAGCUGCAGCUCGUCAGGAUGCAGCGGACACAGCGACAUCACGGAGCCAGGGUCGCCAUACUCGAGUCCUGGUCCGUGUCCGGCACCUGGCAGCCCUGACGAGUUCCUCCAGGGCAGCGAGGAAAGCGAGGACGCGCCGUCACCGAAAUCAGAUCCUCGGCCGCCCGACCCGGACGCCGACUGGGCCUACGAUGACGAGGAUGGAAACAACCUGCGCAAGAGGUCGUAUCCCUGGAAGGGCAUGCAGAUCGCCAACUUGACGCCCAAGCAGAUGCGCGUCGAGGACGAGUUGGACAACAACAACGCCAACCCUAGUCCGCAGCAGACACGCAAGAAGCAGUGGCCUGUGGCCGGGAAGCUGGACGCCAAGGGUCAGAUCAAGAUCACCGAGUUCUUCAAGACGCAAGUCAAGGCCAAAAGCAGCUUCAAGAAAGAAAUCGAUGUCAAAGUUUUCCCGGCACAAGUGAAAGACCUGCUUCUGGACUCAAAGCAGCAGCUGCCAUCUUUAAAAAUCAAGUCUUCCAUUGAGGAGGAGGAAGAGGACUGGAGCAAAAACACUGCCAGCUAUGUCAAGUCUCGACCGUCGUUUUUCAAGGACGAGCGACCCAAGGAGCAGGAGGCUCUCAAACACGAAUCCAAACUGGAGGAAUGCAUUACCGUGGCGACGGAAGAGCCUGCAGCUGUGGUGCCAGAGGAGACAAUCUCCAGCACUCAGCUGGACAUGGCCAUCGAGAUGUGCCGGGGCGCAUCAACAAACAAUGUGAUCACCAAUGGAGACAGCUUGGAACUGGAAAAUAAGACUGAAUCCGCGACUGUAGCUCCACUGUCUCCCAUUUUGUCUCAGCCAAAAGUUAUUCGGUUUCCUGUUCGAAAACUAACUAACGAAAAGAGUCAGGCCGAGGCGGAAACGGUCAGAUGUUGCUGGAAAGACUGCCAAGUAGAGUUGACUUGUGGAUCAAAGCUCUUGGAACAUCUUCAGAGCCAGCAUGUGCACACACAGACGAAUGGCGAGUCCUUUGUCUGCAUGUGGGUUGGCUGCAAGGUGUACGACAAGACGUCUUGCUCGCGGUCAUGGCUGGAGAGACACGUGCUCACUCACGGCGGCAGCAAACCCUUCAGAUGCAUCGUGGAUGGUUGCGGCCAGCGCUUCAGCACGCAGACCAUCCUGCAGCGGCACAUCAACAGUCACUUCAGCGCCGUCUCCAAUGGCAGCAACGGCAACGGAACUCGCAAGAGCACCGAUGGAACUUCCAGCAAGCUUUUCAAACGGAACGGCAAGAAGCUCCGACUGAGAAGGCAGCCGUGGUCAGCUCGAAUGUUUGACUAUAUGGACGGAGGGAAAAUGGAGGGAGUUACCCACCGUUUGAUGCUCUUCUCACAGCAGCAAAUGGACAACAUCAGCAAUGGGGAGCAGCUCCGGCAGCUAGAAUCAGGCAGGAAUUUGGCCCUUCGUGCCGAGAUUAAAGGCUCGAGGACUGAGCUUGAUGGCACACGGAAAGUUUUAGUCCAUUGGCACCCUGAGGACGUGCUGCCAGACGAAUGGCUCAAGGAGAGUGAAUACCAAGCUACCAAAGUCGUUCCGAUGUCGAGUCUGCCAUCCGAAGGAGCAAGUGUGCUGCACCACUCGUUGCUGCCCACUAACAACAAGGUGACCAGAAGACCACGAAAGGCGCAGACUAGAAACCGAAGCAACCACCUCUGCUCUUGACCUUCAAAGCCUUAUUUUUAGCCAAACAAAGCGAAUCACACGCAUCUCAGGGUCAAUUUGUAAAAAGGCGCCAAGCGGCCGGCGGCUGACUCUGUGCCGCCGCUUCGCGCGGCGUUGUACAUAGUUUUUAAUUGUUCAUUUACGCACUUCGCGCGCGCGAGAAAGAUAUUAACAGCCAGCUAAACCUAUCACUGCCAGUGGCUUCUCUGAGCUGAUUCCCGCGUGGAUUUUCGAGCAAAACUGCAGUCAGCCAGCGACUCUAUGUUACGGAACUGUCAAGUUGUGUCUCUGUACAUAGUCUUUUACGUUGUAAGCUGUUGAUUCGAUUGAUUAUAAUUUAUUGCGUUUGUCGUCCCUUUUUUUCGUAAUCGAGUCCGCGAGGGCGGACGCGUAAUCUGUCACUGCCACGUUCAAGUAAACAAUCAACCUGCCUGCCACUAGAGUUCAGUUGCGGGGGUUUCGCCGGCAGCCCCUGAAACUCACACAACACCGCACACAAAUACACAAACACACACCACUGCCAUUUUGAAACGUUUUGAUUCCGUCUCUGCGCGAUCCCUGGCUCCUUUUGAACAGGCGACCACGAAGUAACAACCUCUGUGUGCCAUAGCUUUGAAAAAAUAAUUUUUUUCGGCCAGGAGAGAGGAACUCUUUAAGUGGAGAGUGCAGAAAGCAAUACAACUGAACUAGAAGUCAGGCUUGAAAUCCCACCAGCCUCCGUUUGAGGGACUUCUGUUUUAAACGAAAUUUUCAAAAGAGUCGCAAUUAUUUUUUAACUACCAACUAAUGAAGGCCUUGUGCCAUUUUGUUUUUUCUUUUAUUUUUACAGACUAAAACUCGGUUAGAAUUUUUUAUUUUUAUUUUUUAUAUUUUAAAUUGCAUUUGCAACUUGAAUGCUAUUUUAUCUUCAUGGUUCCUCUUCGUUUCGUGUUCGAAAUCAAAACGCUGGCUGGUGAAUUUUCCAGCCUGCUGAAAACCCCCUGUGAGUGAGUGACCGCGCAAGUAAAUGAAAUUGCAGGGCUGCUUUUACGGAGAACCACACUUACACACAGCGAGAUCUCAAGUGCUCAAUGCCUUCGACAACACAACACUGCCAAGCGUUCCGCGGCCACUGCACGUUCGGCUGCGUUUUUGUCAGCCGCGGUGCGCGCCGCCGGAACGCGCCAUCCAUUGAACGAUUACAUAAUGUACAUGUAAAUCAAACGCUCGCACACGAAACACAACGGAUUAGCCUUUUUCUACUGAGAAACAACAAAAGCGGUACAAAAAUUGAUGUUUCCCUUGUCGUUUCGAGAAUCUCCACCCUUUUGUAACGCUACUGCCCCAGUUUAGAAACAAAAAAUCGACGCACACUGCGGUUUUGAUAUAAACACAUGUUGAUUCCAAAAAGUUUUUGAUCUCCCUUCGCGGUCUUGACGCUCUGGGCUCCGUUGGUACUGGAGCGAAUGCGUGGCGGACGUCGGCCCAACUGACUUCUUGAGACUUUUAGUGUCAAGAAAUCGCUCUUCUUUACAUUUCGGCCGCCCAAGUUGUUCGCUACCGACUGAAUUUGGCGGAGCCCCUUCUCUGCUUGGCGAGAGUGUCAAACAAAACAAAUCGCUCACCCCCAUUCGGAACACGGAAUGAGACCUCUCGCGAGGGAAAGCUUUCGCUAGAGCGUCAGGACCGGCUUUUAAUUUAUUUGGUGCUCUAUUGUUAUUUAUGAUUAAUCGGCAUUGUUGAUUUCAAAGGACUCCAUCUCCCUCGUGUAUGUAUAAAAAUCAUAAACGUGGUAUUUUCGUUUUGUUCGUUCAUUUGCUCAUUUUUACUUUUGGUGUACAGUAUUUUGAUUUCGACACACAAACAAUCACACACUCACUUAAGCAAGCGGAGUUUCGCUCUUGCCGAUUGGUUUGUUUGGACUCUUUCUAUGACUUGUGUAACCUAAAUCGGAGUAUACUGUGUGUUGAAAUAAUAAGUAUAUUGAGAUGAGAUGGUGUAGAUAGUCAAUGAACUUGAUAAGGUGUGUAUAAAUAAUUGAAUGGAGAAUUCGUGGGGAUAACCACUAUUGAUUAUGAGACAUUGAAAAGAUUCUAUUUAAUCGCGUCUAUUCGAAGGAAAUAACACAGGAGGAUUACGACAAUUGAAUUGAAAAAGUAAAAAAAGUACGAAAAACAGUAGUAGUUGAAGAAGAGAAAGAGAUUUUGUGAUGUUGGUAAAACAUUUUUCGGCAAUUGGAUUGACCUAGAAGCGUUGAUUGACUAAACUCUUUCCUUUUUCGCUAUCUUUUUGUGUAUAAUAAUUCCUCAUUUUUUUUUGUCUUAAAUUAAGCUAAAGAAUAUAUAAUUUUUUCAUCGCAUCAUACAGCCCAUCCAUCAGUUGAUUUGUACACGCGAAACAACUUAAAUAACUAUUGUUUAAUCGUUUUAAGUAGAUGAAAACAUGAUCUCCCUGAAUGAGUUUUAAUAAUUAAUUUUUCGAGUGUAUGAGAAAGCAAAAAUCUGGGUAGUCGACUCCGAGCUACUUUUCCGACUGAGUAAACCCUUCUUUUCCGUUCCGGGAAGUUUGAACGCCAAAACUUUUCGGAGGUCAUAUUCCCUAAUUAAGUACGUGCCUUCCCCCUGUCAGAAGAAGGUGAAUUGUUGUAAGUGUUCGACAUUUCUCUCGUUUAGCGGAACAAUAACCAAUCACAUAUCGCCGCUGUCGAUUGAUCGGUUUACUGAAUUCUUGACACCUGAUAAUUAAUUUACGACCGAAUACAAACACAUUUGUGAUAACAAGAGGAAAGUACUACCAAGAGGCGGACGAAUAUAGCAAACGCAUUCUCACCCGAAUGUAGUAAUACUGCUGUUCUAAAACAAAUCAUGUACACAAAAACUUGUCUGUCUCAUUACCAAGAAGCUACACGUACACUAUGUAUUUUUAAGGCGUGUUAUGUAUUUUGUUUUCAAUUGAACUUGUAAACUUCUCUCACUGCAUUGCCAUCAAAGAUACAGGAACAACCAAUCCCCUUUUUGUAACUGUUUCAACAUUCACACACUACUUUUUUUAUUUAAGUGGCUGUAUUUGUAAUAUUAAAAUGAAAGUUUAUACCUAGAA